AUGUAUGAGCGCAUGUUAGACGGUGAUGGUGAUGGUGAUGGGGAUGGCGAUGGUGAUGGUUAUGGUUAUGGUGAUGAUGAUAGUGAUGGUGAUGGCUAUGGGGAUGAUGGUGCUGUUGAUGAUUUUUUACGUCCAGAUCGGGCUGUGACAGAUCAAGGUGUGGCCACACUGUCCAGCGAAUCGGGCAGGGCGGAGUACACCACUGUAUAUGACUCUGACCCGGAUGAGCAGAGACAGUACACCGUCCUGGACACAGACUAUCGCACGUACGCCCUGGUCUUUGAGUGUCGACAGAGGAGGCGCCACAGCGACCAGUUCGCCUACAUCCUGACCCGCUUACCUGGGCUACCACCCGCCAAUCUGGACGACCUCAAGUCCCAACUGGAAGCUCUGAACGUGAGAACCCGGAGAAUGGAAACCGUGGACCAAAGUGAUUGUGGUUCCAACAGUAGUGGUGGCAUCGAAAUAGUUGCUGGAUGAGUCAGCUGUCUUGAAAAGGGGCAUGUUAUUUGCCUCCACUCUGAGACGAUAUAAUCACCCAGUUCGUUCUUCUUGAGUUUAACUUGAUGCGUUUUACAUGAGAAAUAUAGGAAUGGUGGGUGAACAGAAUAUGAAUACUUUAGACUGCUUCUCGUAAAGGAAAGCCUGCUGGUAGCUUUGGACACUACUCAUUGUUGAUCAGAAUUGAUGGCAAAUAUCACCAAUGCCUAUCUCUGUCAAAUACCGUUUAUUUGGACUUUCGAAAGCAGUAAAUACCUACUGUGGGUAAAGACGCUCUGUCAAUAUUUAGGUAUCAAUUUUAGAAACGUUUCGUUAUGAUAUUCAGUUUAAAAAAAAUUAUUGUUUUGACAUUUUUCUGAUUUUAUUCUUGUAAUAAAUAUUACGAUGACGAAACUGAA